AAAUGUGACCAAGAUUCUGAUAAUAGUGAUGGCAAUGAUCAUUGAAAUUUUGUUGGCUUUUUGUCAGUUGAAGCUAGAAAUCCCUUGAUCGCCUUGCUCCAUGCAGCCUUGAAGAGCCUUGCUUUGACACUGCUGAGGUAAGGGGCUUCCUUUAAUUUGAUUAUGGCACCAGGUUUCCUCUACUGCAGGCCCACGCCCGACGAUGAUGAUAAUUCAAGGCCACAUGUUUCAAUCUCCACGCUCAGCACUUGCACAGUUGCUGGUUGAUUCGAAACGAGAUCGAAGAAAAGCAGCGAAUGGCAAAGGCUUCAUUUUCCUCUCCGUAAUUUGUCUCUUUCGAGUUGUAUUCUGGUGCAGACAUACAGAGAAGGACAAAGAGACAGAGAGAGAGUUUUGAAUAUCUCAAGUCGACAAAAAGACCUAAACCUUGAGAAGAAGUGGGUAAGAAUUGCUUCCAAGUCAAGGUGCCUCGUCUGAUUCUGAUUGAGAGUGAAAGGAAUUCUAUCCUGGUAUCCGUUCGAAAGCUUCCGCCGACUUGUUCCCUCCAUCCUUGAAGGAACUGAAGGGGGUUGUCUUUGGGAUAAAAGCCUCUGCGUGUCACAGAUUCUCGAUAAAUCAAAAUUCAUGAUGGUCCCGUUCAAGCCAAAGAAGAAGAUGAAUGAAGAGGAUUCUUCAGGCUCCUUGGGAUCUUUCCAAGCCUCCAAUGAAGACGGCGAAGGCCAUGAGCUUCCCAGAAAUGGGGGAAGUGGUUCAUUUUGCCACCAACGGGAAUUAAGUGAUCCGCUUUUCCCGAGCCAGUCCAGGAAGUCUCAUAAAUUUCGCUCCCUCAUCACGCCAUCUUGGUGGACUUUUGUGGCCCUGCUCCUCCUAUUAUCGUCCUACAUUGAAAAGGUGGUUUCUUUAGAUCUGGGUUCGUCCCUCGAGAAUCGCCAUCACCAUUCGCCUUGCAACUUCAAUCCCAAGUGUCUUUGUUCCGCUGGAGCGUCUGAAUAUGGCUCGGUGCUUUGUGAUGGUGUCCCGUUGGCCAAUAUUCCAGCUGAGCUUCAAGAGUCGCGGGUGUUCCAAUUGAGAUUGCGUAACAACCAUAUGUUCAAUUUUCCAGACGCAAAAUUAAGCGGGAGUGGUUUGUGGGGACUGGAAGUGAGCCAUAAUCCGGUGAGCAAGAUCCCUUCCAUGGCCUUUUACGGUCUGGAACGGGCCCUUUGGCAAUUGGAUUUGUCACACAACAAGCUUACCCAAGUGCCCACGAGUAGCGUUUCCGUACUAAGGAAACUGAGUCUUCUCAAUUUGGCAGAUAACCAAAUUUCGGAAUUGCGACAAGAGGACCUCAAACCUUUGGCCCUUUCGCUGAAGAUACUGAACUUGGCGGGGAAUGCGCUGACUUCCGUACCCGAGGGAAUCUUUUGGGACCUUCAGCGCCUCGAAGUUCUCGAUUUGAGUCGGAACAACAUUAUUCAGAUCCAUUCUAUGGCAUUUCAGACCGGGGUGCCUCUACUAACGGAACUGAAUCUGUCGGACAACUUGAUGGGCAAGAUCCCUUUCAUCUCCAUCGGCCACGUUAAGUCCCUCAAGGUGCUGAAUCUGUCGAACAAUCGUAUCGAGAAAAUUGAAGAUCCUUUCUUCAUGGGCAAGUUGCGCUUGGACUCCCUCCACUUAUCGGAGAACAACCUGCAGAAUCUCUCAAUGAAAGCCUUUCAAAACUUUGAAUACAUCAACUUUACCUCGCUCUCGAGCAACCCUCUCGAAACAAUCGAACCUGAUGCAUUUGUGGAGACGCAAAUCAAAUUUCUGGAUCUCUCCAACUGCCUCAUCCGUCGGCUCUCCCCAUUUUCGUUCAAGGGCUUGGAGACAAGUUUAGAGGCUUUGGAUUUGAGUGCUAAUAGACUCGCUGAGUUGCCCGAGGACAUUUUCUUGGAUUUUGAUCUUAUCAAGAAACUGAGACUCAACGACAAUAUGCUCCAGCUCUCACCCAAUAUCACUUUCAACGGCUUUCGUUACACCAUCAAAGACUUGAACUUGUUGGGGGAGGACAUGCAAUAUGUUUCCAUGGAGGAGAUCGGGAUCAUGAGGAAUUUGCGAACGGUUGGAUUGUCAGCCGUCAGGAAUUACGGAUCCGUGAGCCCCAGUCAGUUCUCGGACUUCUCGCCCUCGUUAGAGGAGUUGAAUCUCGUCGAUUCCAAGCUCACCUCGAUUUCUCACAAUGCCUUCAAAUUCGUGCCGAGUAUUUCUUACAUGGAUUUGUCUAACAACCGCAUCUCGUACAUUGAGGACAACGCCUUCCGUGAAGUGGGCAAUUCGCUUCAAUUCCUGCGCAUCUCCAAUGCUCUGCAUUUCACAGAGCUGCCUAAUGAGGCCUUCCACACGCUCACGGGCCUUCGAACCUUGGAUCUGAGCAAUAACCAUAUCCGAAGUUUGGCGCUUGACACCUUUCACAAGAUGACACGACUCCAACAUUUGUACCUGCAAGACAAUGAGAUCUCCUCGUUCAAACGGGGCACUUUCCACAGUCAGGCCAACCCUGGCCUCACCAUUCUGGAUCUGAGCUUUAAUCACAUUGAGAAAGUGGAAUAUGACACUUUUCGCUUUGGCAAACUUCAACAACUGCUGCUCAACGACAACCGAAUCAAGAAAUUGGAUUCCCGAAGCUUCGUCGAGAUGACACGUUUGCUCUUUCUAUCCAUGGAAGGCAACCAGAUCCGACAAUUGCCAGAUGAAACCUUCCAGAACCUUCAUCAUCUCCAGCGACUCGAGUUGGCCUUCAACAAAUUGGAGUCGCUCAAUUUCGCGGCCUUUGAUUCGAUAGGGACCCUCUCGCAUUUGACCAUUGAUGCGAGUCAUAACAAUCUGCAGGCUUUGCGUGUGAACCGAAGCAAUUCAUACCCGACCCUGUCGAAUAUCAUGAGCUUUGAUCUGAGUUAUAACAACAUCUCCUUUGUCGAGGUCACUUUCUUCGAGCCCGUCCAAAACGAUCUGAAGAUCUUGAAUCUGUCUCACAACAUCAUUCGAGAAAUCACCCCGGACGACAUUGGCCAAUUGAGGCGCAUCCGGAUCAUGGACUUGAGCCAUAACCAGAUCGUUGUGAUUGAGGAUCCCACUUUUGGGGCGGCCAGUAAAUUGACCACCCUUUACUUGAACCACAAUCGCUUGAGCGAGAUCCAUGGGAAAUUGUUCCGCAGUCAGAAGCGCUUGCAGUACGUGGACUUGUCUUGGAACAAUUUGGGAACCAUACCGGAAGAGUUGUUUCUCCGAACUUCGCUGGAAAUAUUCAAAGUUGCACACAACCGCUUGAGCGAGAUUCCCGUGAAAGCUCUGAAUCCGGUGCAAAGCUCGCUCAAGUAUCUGGAUCUGUCUGGCAAUCGAAUUACCACCAUCUCUGACUCGCAACUCAACCAGAUCCAAUUGCUGGUCUACCUCAAUCUGGAAGGGAACAGGAUCUCCACCAUCGACCCGGAAGCGUUCUGCUGUUUGCCCAAUCUGGAGCAACUGAAUCUGGCCAGCAACCCCUUGCACCGAAUCCAUCCAGACACCCUUAACGGCGUGCGAGACCAUCUCCAGGGCCUGAAUGUGGCCAACACGUCGCUGACUCUUCUUCCCAAUCUGCAAUUACCGCGGCUCAAGUCCCUGAAUGUCUCUUUCAAUCAAUUGACUUUCAUUCCGCCGAACACGCUGGCUAAUUUAUCUCAAGUCCGGGAAUUGGAUUUGAGUGGGAAUGAGUUGACUAGUCCGCCCAGCACAGCCUGGCACUCCAUGGACCACCUUCUCUCACUCCAUCUGUCAGGCAACCCCAUCGACCGCGUGAUGAAUGACUCCUUUAGCGGACUCAGGCAUUUGCACCAUCUCGACAUUUCUGGCGUCCGAGCCAAGUCCUUCCAGAGUGGAUCGUUUGGAAGCCUGUCGAAUUUGAGGACUCUGCGGCUGCAGUUGAAUGCUGAUACGGAAAAGUUAAACUUAGCCGCGCUGAUUCAAGGCAACCAUGCGUUGGAACAUUUACAUUUGUAUCUGGCCCCAGACUUGAUCAAAGCAUCCACUAAUGCCCCGGGAUCGGUUCUUCGCCAUCAACUACAAGAACAACUUCCUGCUCGAUUGCGAGAAAUCACUGUGGAAGGACCAGAAAUCCACAACCUUCAUCCAGCUGCAUUCAAGCACCUGCGUUGUCGCCGACUGCAAAUGAAUUUUCGGGCCUCUGAAACUCUGAAUCUUGACCGAGAUUUAUUCUUGAAUUUGGGACGAGUGCAGAACCUAUCGGUGAAUGCAGUUUCCCUCUCUGAUGGACAAGUGGCCAAUGUGUCGAAACACAAGUCGGGUGAUCGCGAUCUUGGCAAUCCUGUGACCACUUACGCCCCGAACCAUCCCAGGGCUGUUUUCUUGGAACAAUUAGAGAUCCGUGGAAAUCGUUGGCCUUGCACUUGUGAUGGCAUCGGCUGGGCUGAGAAAUGGUUGAAACGUUGGCGAGGCGUAUUCUGCAACCACUUUGAGGUUUUGGAAUCGGCCUCGCAUGGACCAAAUCCCAACGGGCUAUGCCGAUCCACCCUUCGAGACAUGAGACUGGCCAGUUGUAAGGAGUCGCAAAAUAAUGUCCUAGAGGAUAUUAAGCAACGACUUGAGUGUGAUACCUUCAAUGGCAGUGGAUCAAGGAUGACAAGCAUCGGGCUCUUGACCGUUUCGUUGGCAUUGCUCACAGCGGCGUCCGUCUCCUAAGACCAAAGAUUUAGAAAUCAAGUGUAGCUCCGAAACUUAUUGCUGCAUGGAAGAAGAGUGCAUGCACGAGUGUAUGUGGCCAUGUGAUAUCAUGAAUAUUCUGUGAUGAAAACGAUCCUCUAUUCGGGUUUUUUUGAGCAUUCUCUUUUUCCACAUAGUAAUUUUCAUUGGUAUCUUGAGUUGUACUGAUUCGAUUAGUUACCCAUUACUACCCGUCUUCAAGAGAAGACGGAUUGACCGCCACUCAUCCCAGUCAAGUGUCUUGUACCAAUCUAGUUAGGUUCGAUUCAAAUUCCGAGGUCAUUCUUGAUGAGAUGUUCUGAAUGUCAAAGUACACGUGACGUAUUAGUAGGUACUACCAUCUUCUUGAUUUCCGCUCUAUUGAUCUGAGGUUAAUUGCAUUUCCGACACCAAAACACUCUUUCGUUGGUUCAUUUACAUCCACUGCCGUCAGAUGAUAAUAAUGAUAAUAAUCGUCAUUACUACUAUAAUUUCUACCACUUUGAUUACUUAUUUACAUUGCCACAGUUUCAUCAUACUGACCCUUCUCUCAUCCCCAAACGUGUCGGUUAUAUUGUCGUAACACACGUUUCAUAUGCUUGGCUGUGAUAAAUAUAAUCGAUUUGAUGAUGACGACGACACGUAGCCAUUUAUGUCUCUGAAUAAAGGAUUCGAUUAUCAAAAUCAA